CUGUGUGUGAAGUUGCAGCUCGUCUCACCUCUGUGUGACUCGUCGCCACAUUUCUUCGUCAGGAGCUGAACCUGAGUCAAAAAGGGGGGGUGCAGCCAUGUUUAGACUCCUCAUUCGCCAAGGCAAGAGGGCGCCGAGCUGCCUCAAUGGCCAGCGGCGAUAUGAGCACCACAGGGCCGUCAUUGCCAUCCGCAGAGAGGACGUCAACCCCUGGGAGAGGAGGGCGCCGCUCGCCCCGCGCCACGUCAAAGAGCUGACCAACGCCGGCGCCAAAGUCCUGGUGCAACCGUCCAACCGCAGAGCCAUCCACGAGAAGUACUACAUGAGGGCGGGCGCCGUCAUCCAGGAGGAUAUUUCCGAGGCGUCGCUGAUCAUCGGGGUCAAGCGCCCGCCGGAGGAGAAGGUCAUUCCCAAGAAGACGUACGCGUUCUUCUCCCACACCAUCAAAGCUCAGGAGGCCAACAUGGGGCUGCUGGAGGACCUGCUGAAGAAGGAGGUUCGUCUGAUCGACUACGAGAAGAUGGUUGACGCUAACGGCUAUCGGAUCGUAGCGUUCGGUCAGUGGGCUGGAGUUGCAGGAAUGAUCAACAUCUUGCACGGACUGGGGCUGCGCUUCCUGGCUCUGGGACACCACACUCCCUUCAUGCACAUCGGCAUGGCUCACAACUACAGGAACGUCAGCCAGGCCAUCCAUGCAGUGAGGGAUUGUGGGUACGAGAUCUCCAUGGGGCUCAUGCCUAAAUCUAUCGGGCCCGUGACGUUUUGUUUCACCGGCACCGGAAACGUCUCCAAGGGAGCCCAAGACAUCAUCAACGAGCUUCCUGUCGAGUACGUUGAGCCUCACGAGCUCAAAGACGUCUCUGAGACUGGAGACAUGACCAAAGUGUACGCCACCGUCCUGAGCCGACACCACCACCUGAUGAGGAAGAGCGACAGCAUUUACGACCCCCUGGAGUACGAGAACCACCCUGAGCUGUACACUUCGCACUUCAGGACCAGCGUGGCGCCGUACACAACCUGUCUGAUCAACGGGAUUUACUGGGACCCCCACACGCCCCGACUCCUCAGGCGAACGGACGCCCAGAGGCUGAUGAGACCGCCAAAAGUCCCGCCUGCCGCCACCGAGGGGUCGCCUUUGCUGCCUCACAAACUGUUGGCCAUCUGUGACAUCUCCGCUGACACCGGGGGCUCCAUCGAGUUCAUGAUCGAGUGCACCACCAUCGACAAGCCUUUCUGUAUGUACGACGCCGACCAGCACAUAGAUCACGACAGCGUGGAGGGAAACGGGAUCCUCAUGUGCUCCAUCGAUAACCUUCCCGCUCAGCUGCCCAUUGAAGCCACAGAGUACUUUGGAGACCGGCUCUUCCCCUACAUCUGGGAGAUGCUGCCUUCAGACGCCACCAGACCACUGGACGAGGAGGACUUCAGCCCGCAAGUCAGAGACGCCGUCAUCACCUCGAACGGAGUCCUCACCCCGAAGUUUGAAUACAUCGAGAAACUACGAGAAAGAAUGGAGAAAGCUCAGAUCCUGAAGAAGGCCGGGAUGAAACGCGUUCUGCUGCUGGGUUCAGGAUAUGUCUCAGGACCUGUGGUCGAGUAUUUGACUCGAGACGAGAAGACCCAGGUCACUGUGGCGACUGUUCAACUGAAGCAGGCCGAAGAGCUGGCUGCGAAAUAUCCCAACACCAUCCCCGUCACACUGGACGCCAGCAGCCAGGAGGGACACCUCGACUCUCUGGUCAAAGAUCAUGACUUGGUCAUCAGCCUGCUGCCGUACUCAUUUCCUCUCAUCGCCAAACACUGCAUCAACAGGAAGGUAAACAUGGUGACAGCCAGCUACCUGAGUCCUGCCAUGAAGGAGCUGCAGAGCAGUGCCGAGGAGGCUGGCAUCACCAUCGUCAAUGAGAUGGGAUUGGACCCGGGGAUCGACCACAUGCUGGCCAUGGAGUGUAUCGACCAGGGCAAAGCAGACGGCUGCACGGUGGAGUCGUAUAGCUCGUUCUGCGGCGGUCUUCCUGCUCCUGAAUGUUCCGACAAUCCUCUUCGCUACAAGUUCAGCUGGAGUCCGUACGGCGUCCUCCUCAACACCAUCAGCCCCGCCAUCUUCCUCCGAGACAACGAGGUGGUGAGUAUCCCGGCCGGCGGCUCUCUGAUGGACUCCACCUUGCCGAUGGAUUUCCUUCCUGGAUUCAACCUUGAGGGAUUUCCAAACCGUGACAGCACCAAGUACGCUGAGUCGUACGGCAUCGAGACGGCACACACACUGAUCAGAGGAACGCUGCGCUUCAAGGGCUUCUCAAAGGCCAUGAGUGGGUUCGUCAAACUGGGUCUGAUCAACAGCGAGCCCUGUCCAAUCCAGCACCUCACACCCUGGAAAGAUCUCCUGUGUAAGCAGAUGGGAUUAUCCUCCUCCAUUUCCCAGGAUGCAUAUGAAGAAGCUGUUUACGAGCGCAUCGGAAAGGACGAGUUUGCGAUGGAAACCCUGCGAUGGUUUGGGAUGCUGAGUGAUGAGUUUGUGCCUCGUGCUGAUAACAUCCUGGCUGCUCUUGCAAAACAUCUGGAAGCCAAACUCUCCUUUGAUAAAGGAGAGCGUGACAUGAUCAUUCUGAGGAACGAUGUCGGGCUCCGCCACCCGACCGGCGAGCUGGAGACCAAACACAUCAGCCUGGUGGUGUACGGAGACCCCAACGGCUUCUCUGCCAUGGCCAAGACUGUAGGAUACCCAGCAGCCAUUGCUGCUCGCAUGGUCCUUGAAGGAGAAAUCACUACAAAGGGACUUGUGGUUCCGAUGACUAAGGAGGUCUACGGCCCGGCGCUGGCCCGACUGAAGGAGGAAGGACUUCACUUUAUGUCCAAGAGCAGCCUGCAGGAGUAGAGGGGAGCCUCGCGUGGAAGCAGAUAAUCACUUACAAUCUCUCACACACAAAAAGAAGCUAUACUCCAAUCCUAUCGUCUGGCUUUUCUAGUUGAUCUGAACUGGAUCUUCUGACACACUGAGACUUACCUGUCUGAAUGUAGUCCCUGUUUGAAAUGAAACCUGCCCCCCCCCCUCCGGGUUCUGAUCAAAUGUAUAGUAGUUAAUUUUUUAAGUAAAUAUGAGAAAUAUGUCAAAGCGUAACUGCAGGAAAAAGCCAAAUAGGUCAAAAGGAUGAAUCCCUCAAAGUUAUUUUAAAUCUAUUUAAAGGAAACGUGAUGACAGGCGGCUCUACAAAGAUUAUUAAGUAACUCCCUGUUUUUAAGUCUGAGGUCAAAAAGGUCAAAAAAUUUGCAGCUGAAAGUUAAACUUUCUGAGUUUGGAAACCAAACCAAAAUGUUUCCUCACAAGUGUAAACUGUAUCAGAGAGAAGUUCUUCUGUGAAGAUGUUUGAGGUCGACUGUUUAAAGCAACAUCGUCCGAAUACGAGCAGAGCGACUGUCAAAGGAAAGACGUUUAUGAGUCUGCUUAUGCAUCAAAAAUCUAUGUUAAUUCAGCUGCUGUUUGAAGUCUUUUAAUGCCUUCACUCUGGCACAAACCUCCUGCUGAGCUGCUUGUGUGAGCGCAAAUAGCAGUUGGAUAACAAAAAUGGCCGACUCCCGUUCCCUGUUUGUGAAAAUGUCGACCCUCUUCUUGUUGUUUACUCUCUGUAGUUUAAGGUCACUUAGAGUAGCAUCCUCAUCAUCCGUCCACACAAACGUUUAUACCUUAAACCUUAAAACAGUUCUGUUAUAAAGUCACAAUGCCACCUACGGGUCUGACAUGUGUACUACAGUUGUUUUUUGCAGAUCCAUGUUCACAGCAAAUGUUGUCGUCUGAACGCUGAACCUUUUAGAAAACGAUAAUGAAGAAAACGAUCCCGUUUUCAGAAGAUCGUUGUUGUGUAAGCGUCACCCUUUGCAGCCUGUCGUUCCCCGCCACAAUAAAGGCAUAACAGACGACACAUUUUCACAUUAGCUAGCGGCUACCUCUGCAGAAGUGAAAAGUGGUCAAAGUCCAUCAUAAACUUUUCAGAUGUAUCGUAUGUUUGUUUUUAAUUCUUGCCCUCAGAAGAAUUAAACAUGAAUAUUUGUUUUUGAGACACUAAGGUUAGCUUGUCCUGUCAGGGUUGGACUUCUCACAGUUUAAAAGCAUUACCAACUACUUCCUGUAGCCGUGAUAUAAGUGAAAUCUCUUAUGGGCUACAUGGGACAUUUCUCUCAUUGAGGACAAGAUUAGAACAAGACAAUUCAAGUGAACUAUUAACUAGGGAUGCACGGACACAUCGGUUCAACAUCUGCUGAUAUCGGCCCUGUUGACAGACAUCGGUAAAUAAUGUGGCAUGUAGUGAUGUCAAUAACAGAUGUUUAUUGCCGACAUCUAGAACACCGAACUCCUGAUUCAGAGACAGGAUUGGGCAGAUGAAGUUACCUGUUGGACAAACGCUGAGUGGUUUUCAUCGUCACACGAGAGGAAAUGUUGACCUUACACCAAAACAAGUCGGUAUUGGCAUCGGAUUUUCCCAAACGGUGCAUCUCUGCUAUAACCAUUUAAAAAUCUCCACUUUGCACACAUUAGCAUUAUUUAACCUGCUGAUGUCAAAGCAUUACAAUCUAAUUUGCUAUUACAUUAAAUACAAAAGUAUAUCCUUCAACACUAUGAUGCACCUUCCAAAUUUCCAUCAUUAUUGAAAAAUAAAAGUGCAUUUAACCUCAAAUCUUUAAAGGAAGAAUGUGCAACAUGUUACACAUACAUAUAUCAU